UCGAACCUCAUUAAUUUCUUUCCGAUUCAUCCGCGGAUCCUCGCUCCAACGCUUUUCAAUACUUCUUCCAUUUAAUUUGCAGCUACAUCUUCACACACACAAAAUGUCCGUAGCUAACUUACCUGAUUCGGCAACCGGAGUAAUUAGCCUCAGAUAUGGUAUCGCCAUUAUCAUUGGCAUUUUGAUACUCAUUUCUCUAAUCAUGUUUGCUUCCUACGCUUGUCUUCGUGUCAAAUUAGCUGCUUCUUCUACCACUGAAGAUUUCAGACCUGCAUCUUCCAAUGGGACUAUAUAUAGUUACUUCCUAGGAUUGGAUCAGCCUGUUAUAGAGUCAUUUCCUACAGUGGUUUUAGGUGAAAGCAUGAGAUUGCCCAGUCCAAUUAAUACAAAUCUAUGCGCUAUAUGCUUGUGUGAGUAUUGUGCGAAAGAUUUGGUUCGUUGUAUACCGGAAUGUAAACACUGUUUCCAUGCCGAUUGUGUUGACGAAUGGUUGCGGAAGAGUGGGACUUGUCCAAUUUGUAGGAAAUCUCCAGCUAAUUCUCCAUCUAUCGGUCCAAUUUCGAGUAAUACUCCUCUUGCCCAAUUAGUACCCUUGGCUUAUUAUCAGAGAUGAUAAUAUUGUUGCAAAGGUGUAGGUAUUAAUUAAAUACGUUAUAAUUUGUAUAGUACUUCUUGUUUUGAAUUCUCUCCUUUUUUGUUUUCUUAUUACAAUUUGUGUACAAUCUCGUUCCUAAAUUUAUGCAGAAAUUGUUUAAGUUCUUGU